ACCAACAUUUUUACGAGGUGUCCGUGAAUGCGGCAUUAAAUCUCAUUCAUCUCGAACUCGCUCCGUUUCUAGCCGUAUUUUAGUUAGACUCUCAGAAUACCGAGCUAGUUCUGUGCCAAAUGAAUGAAACGUCGCUGUCUCAGUCAGAUGUCACACUUGUACGCGUGUAGCUUCGCCAACAGCUGAUACACACUUCCAGGUUUAACGUCACUUUUCUGUGAGUGGUGCACUGGGAACUAGCUUCUCGUGUUAUGGGAGAGACGUGGAGGAGGUCGGGGGAAUGGUGGGCUGUCAGCCAUAAUGUCCGCGUAAUUUGUGACCGAACCCCGUUUGACGUCUUCCUGAGCGUGCUUUUGCUCUGGUAAGCAUGCUACAGUCUAGAUAAACUUGAACCAUGCCUGGGAAACUUAAGGCCAAGAUUGUGGCAGGGCGCCACUUGCCUGUGAUGGACAGAGCUAGCGACCUGACUGAUGCCUUUGUGGAGGUUAAAUUUGGAAACACAACUUUCAAAACAGAUGUUUUUCCAAAGUCGCUGAAUCCACAGUGGAAUUCGGAAUGGUUCAAAUUUGAGGUUGACGACGAGGACUUGCAAGACGAACCUUUGCAGAUCACUGUGUUGGACCACGACACGUACAGCGCUAACGACGCCAUAGGGAAGGUUUAUAUCGACAUCGACCCACUUCUGUACUCCGAGGCCGCCUCCGUCAUCUCCGGCUGGUUUCCCAUUUAUGAUACCAUCCAUGGUAUCAGAGGAGAAAUUAACGUCCUGGUCAAAGUGGAGCUUUUUAAUGAUCUGAACCGCUUCCGGCAGUCGUCAUGCGGAGUCAAGUUUUUCUGCACUACAUCGAUUCCAAAGGGCUACCGGGCAGCAAUUGUACACGGAUUUGUGGAGGAACUUGUAGUAAACGAAGAUCCAGAAUACCAAUGGAUAGACCGCAUCAGAACUCCUCGGGCUUCCAACGAAGCUCGCCAAAGACUCAUCUUUCUUAUGUCUGGCGAGCUGCAAAGGAAAAUAGGGCUUAAGGUACUGGAGAUGGGUGGGAAUGCAGUGGUAGGCUACUUGCAGUGUUUUGACCUGGAGGGGGAGUCGGGGCUGGUGGUCCGGGCCAUAGGCACCGCCUGCACUCUGGAGAAGCUCAGCUCUGGAAGCAGCACACACACGCAUCCCAACACAGCCCCUGCUUCAAAUGCCUGCAAUUCCCCUUCUAAAGAUGGAAAGGAGCCGGUAUUUGGUGAGGAUCUGCCCUCUUCCUCUGGCCCACCUACCCCUUUCAGAGCCCUCCCCACCUCCUCUUCCUCUCCUCCCCCUUUCUCUCCCUCCAAGCCAUGCAGCCGCCAGUCCUCAUCAUCAGACACAGACCUCAGUUUGACGCCCAAGACGGGGAUGGGCAGUGGCAGCAUGGGGAAGGACGCAGGACCCCUGAAGACCCUUCUCAGACAGCAGACGCAGACGGCUCUGGAGCAGAGGGGAGCGUCUUCCUCUGGGUUAUUGUUAAACGCCAGGGAGUUCCCCUUCUUCACCCUGACGUCUUUCCCGUCUGGGUUUCUGCUUCACGUCGGCGGAGUGGUCAGCGCUCGCUCUGUUAAACUACUGGACCGCAUUCACAACCCCGCCUUGGGUAACACGCGCUCAUACAAACUGCUAGACUGGAAUAGUGUCACUGCAGAUGAGCCAGAGACUCGUGAUGCCUGGUGGGAGGAAAUUCGCCAGGAGAUCAAAUCUCACGCCAAAGCCCUCGGCUGCCAUGCUGUCGUAGGAUAUAGUGAAAACACAAACAUAUGUGAAGAAGUGUGCAUUCUGUCGGCCUCCGGCACGGCAGCCAUCUUGAAUCCUCGGUACAUGCGAGAGGGCUGCCUCGACAUUGCAGGCAGCGACCACAGGUUUGAAGAUCCAUCCCCUUCCAGCUGUGGCUUCUGUCACAUCCCGUACGAUGAGCUCAACAUGCCGUUUCCUGCCCAGCUCACGUACUGCUUCCACUGCAGAAGGCAAAAGGUUCCUGAUGUGCUGUUUACGACGAUUGACCUUCCAUCCGACGCAGCUAUCGCUGGAAAAGGCUGCUUUAUUCAAGCCAGACUGUGUCGUCUGAAGAAGAAAGCUCAGGGAGAGGUGAACGCGACGGCCAUCUCCAAUCUGCUGCCUUUCAUGGAAUACGAGCUCCACACUCAGCUGAUGAACAAACUGAAGCUGCGGAGCAUGAACGCUCUGUUCGGUCUGAGCAUACAGAUCAGCGUGGGCGAGAACAUGCUGCUGGGUCUAGCUUCUGCUACAGGAGUUUACCUGACGGCUUUGCCCGCACCAGGAGGCAUCCAGAUCGCCGGGAAGACCCCAGGAGACCUGAACAAUGAGCAGCAUAUUAUGAACAUCCAGAAAAGGAUCAACGACACCAUUGCCAAGAACAAAGAGCUCUAUGAAGUGAACCCACCAAAGUUAUUUGCCCUGGACCCUGAGGUGUUCUGCGGCACAAACGUGGAACUAACCGAGGAGGUGGUGGGUUCUCCGAUUCCUGAGCCGAGGCAUCGAUCCAGACUUUUCCGCUCCCACUCGGAGAGCUCUGACGAACUGUCGGAGCUCGAUCUGUCCCAUGGGAAAAAGGAUGCUUUUGUCCUGGAGGUUGAUGAUACCGAUGCUGUUGAAGACAUCCACUCCCUCCUUACCGAUGCUCCUCCCCCUAAAGGUUUUCACAGUUGCAAUACUGAGACCAUGCCUGGGAUUUAUAAUUGGACUUCAGCGUUACAGAUGUUUACAUCAGUGAGGGUCCUUAGAUUGAGCAAUGCUAAUCUAACUAACCAAGCCUUAAACAAGAUCUUCACCGACCUCUGUGAGAAUCUACUAAAGAGUUUCUACUUCAAGCUGCGCUCCAUGGUUCCCUGCUGUCUGUCUCAUCUCAACUUCUCCGUCGCUGUGCCAGAAGAGGAACUCAUCCAGGUUGCUGUUACAGCAGUUGCCAUGACAUUUGACAAGGAUCAGACGCAGGAGAAACCGGCUGAGAAGCCCAUUAUGAAAGGUUGCAGUGAGGGGGAGGAGCAGCUGCAGUUUCCCCUGGAGCUGUGUGCAGAUUCGUCAUCCGUCAACUCUCAGUCUUCCUCAAGAAUCUCAGGUGUUCCAGAAAGUUCUAGUCUAUCUACCAGAGCUGCCUCCGUUGAUUACGGUUCCUUUGCAGACAGAUGCAGCACCUGGCUAGAGCUGCUUAGGCUGAAAGCUCACACCAUAAGACGAGGAUCAGUUAAGACAAGUAGGAGGACACAGUCUCUAGCACACUCUGUCUCAUCCUUGGAGCACUCCAGUCCGAUCACCGAGGGCCGCUCCCGUUUGCUCCGCUCCAGCCGCUCGUUCGGUGGCAGCUCCGUGUCCGUGGUGAAGAUGACGCCGCUCUCCUUUCUACCCGGCACGCGCAUUGUCAAAUACCUCGGGAUCAUCAACAUGUUUUUCAUCCGGGAGACGACGUCUUUGCGAGAGGAAGGCGGAGUCAGUGGUUUCCUCCAUUCGUUUGUGGCAGAAGUGUUUGCGAUGGUUCGAGCUCACGUCGCAGCUCUGGGGGGCAACGCCGUGGUCUCCUAUAGCAUGAAAGACUGCGUUUUAAUGGAGAAUCCCAACAAGAACCAGUGUCAGUGUCUUAUAAAUGUGAGCGGGGAUGCGGUGAUCUACAUCAGGGAAACGGACCUGGAAGCCAUCGCUUCAACAGUUGGACUGAGCUCUACUAACUCUGACGGAGCCACAUGACAGUGAGACGGGGGAGAAACUCUCAAGCCAGCCCGUCCAAAUCAAAGUUGUUUUUUUGCCUUAAAACGUAAAACAAACACACGAGUGAAUUCACACUAGAAAGCAGCAUGCCUCUCUGUGUUUGAAGGCUCUGGGAGCCUCUGAAACCCGCCAAAGAACCACUGCUAAUGUGAAGUUUUUUUAUUGAACUGCACUCUUCCAGGCAGAACGGGCCUCCUACAGUUUGAAUUUUUAUUUUUUUUGUGUGUUUGGGCAGCUAAAACCGGUCUGUCCAUGUACACACCAGACUAGAUUUAAUGCCACAUGUAAAGGGACAUUUGAAUUUUUCUGCCAAGACGAGUAUUUCUGUUUAUAAGUUGUUGCUUAAAAAAAAAAAAAAAUCCUAAAAUCGAUUCCAUCACAGUUGUGGUCCAAUUUGUUCUUAAAUUGAUGGUGUCCUGCUUUUCUUUGCUGAAACUUUAUUGGCACAACAUUUCUCGUCAUCUGUAACUUAUAAAUCAUGUUUUUUUCUAUUGGUGGUGUUACAAAUCAUCAUUAUUUCCAUGCUAGCUUCACUAAGUCAUCAAUAAAAAUGGGUUCACUGCAGCCAUAAACACAAAUAAUAAAAUAAGAUUUGUCUAUUUCAAAAAGAUAUUGACAUGUAACUUUGCUACUAAAAGAAAAUAACUUUUUUUGCCCUUAUCGUAAAAUAAAAACCUACUAGCAUAAUCACUUUAAAUUAUUUAAUGGAGUAGAAUAGAAAAGGGUUUGUUUUUAUUGAAGAAGCCAGUGAAGUUUCAUAGAUGAGUUUAUUAUUUAAACUGUUUGGUACUAAAGCGGCUUUUUGCUCUCUCCGCAGUCCCAAAUGAUCUCUUCCUCCAAACCUCAUAGCUGUUGCUCUGGUACUUGUUUUCAAGAGUUUUGCUAUUUCAUCUCUGAUGUCCAGCACUGUAACAAAUAUCUUUUUUUAUUAGUGUCUGUGCCAUCUAAAAUAAGGUGUAAAUGUUCUCUAAGACCAGAUUUGAGUAUUUUUGUAGCAUACAGUUACUGAAUCCUACAGCUUGUUUAUUAACCUGUACAUAAAAACUUUAAAUAAAUGGGAUUUAAUUCAGUGUCAAAUUUAGUGGUACUUUUUUUCUGUUUGUGAUCAUCUAAGAUUCCUUUUAUGCUGGUAUCUAAAACUUGAAUGUAAAUACUUGGAUUCUUUUUCUUUUGAUAGCAGCAUGCUACUUUUUACUGCCAUUGCUGUAUGCUUGCCGAAAUAAUUGCACAAUAAACCCAAGUCAAACCAGA